AACCAGUUCACAGCAUGUUUGUUUCCGGUCUUUGGGGUGCUUCGGAGUCGUGCGCGUUGUGGUAAAGGGUAUUUCAAUAGAAGGGUUCUGUCCCAUUUAAUAAGAUAACGAACAAAGAUUAGAAAAAUUAGUUAGGCUACAUUUUCGGAUAGAGUUAGCUACGAGCUUUGAAAAACAUGGAGAGGUAUUCGUCAGACAGUCAUGUGAAAGGAGUCAGCACUGGGACUACAAUAUUAGCGGUGAAAUUUGCUGGAGGUGUUAUUAUUGGCUCCGACUCGCGAGCCUCCAUGGGUGGGUCUUAUGUUUCAUCAAAGGUAAUAAACAAACUAGUUCAAGUUCACGACAGAAUAUUUUGCUGCAUGUCGGGAUCCCUUGCUGAUGCUCAAGCCAUCACACGUGCAGCCAAAUUCCAGCUCGCAUUCCACAGUAUUCAGAUGGAUGACCCUCCUUUGGUAAUGGCAGCAGCCUCUAUUAUGCAGGAGCUGUGCUAUCAGCACAAAGAGGAGCUCUCAGCUGGUUUCAUCACUGCAGGCUGGGACAAGAAAAAAGGGCCACAGGUGUACUCUGUUUCUAUGGGAGGGAUGCUUGUGAGUCAGCCCUUCACUAUUGGCGGGUCAGGAAGCACAUACAUAUAUGGUUACGCGGAUGCAAAGUACAAGCCAGGAAUGACCAGAGAAGAGUGUCAAACCUUUGCUGCCAAUGCACUGGCUCUGGCUAUGGGAAGAGACAAUGUAAGUGGGGGUGUUGCCCACUUGGCUGUCAUUUCUGAAAAAGGUGUGGAGCAUGUUGUCAUCCCAGGAGACAAGUUGCCAAAAUUUAAUGAUAAAUAAACUGCUGUUAUCCAUAUCUAUGGGAUCGGUGAUGUUUGACAAAGCUAAUGAUGAACAUGCAAUAAAAGUUCUGAUUCCAAAUAA